UCGUAUACCCCAACAAUUUGCUUAAUCCAGUCUAUUCUGUCGGCAACAGUCCUUGGUUCACGGUGGAAGGUCGUUGCUAACAUGAUAACGUCAGCUAGCCAACGAGCUAAAGUAACGUUAGUUUACCCGCCACUUGAAUUCAUAUAUUCAUUCGACAUUACUGUAGCGAGCCUGCCUGUAGGGUACCUUCUUUGACUUGUAAGAAUGGAUGGUACUGCUAUGUGGUUAUCUACCUGAAUUUAAUCUGGAAUCACACGGACGCAGACCAAUCUAUGGAGGUGCACACUCCAACAGCUGAAACCCCCCAUUCUGAAUAUGGACUGACGGAAAACAUCCAGAGAAUAGUGGAAAAUGAGAAAGCCAACACAGAGAAGGUCUCCAAACAGAAGGUGGAUCUGCAGUCGCUCCCCACGAGGGCAUAUUUGGAUCAGACAGUGGUGCCCAUUCUUCUUCAAGGCUUAUCUGUGCUGGCCAAGGAAAGACCUGCAAAUCCUAUUGAAUUCUUAGCAGCCUUCCUUCUCAAGAACAAAUCACAGUUUGAAGAUCGAAAUUAAGCUCCAGACGGAUGGAAAUGUGCACUUUGAGGCCAUCUGUUUAAAAUCAAGGAAAUGGUUGUUUGUCAUUGGUUAUGUUUGCUAAUGAUACUGUAUGUAGUUUUUUAAACCAUAAUAAAGAUGGUGCUGCAGGGAAA